AGCCUCGCGGGAAGUCUCGCGAGAGGCGGCGGGCGGGCGGCGGUGGCGCUGCGUGCAGCUCCGGAGGGUCGCCUCAGCCGCUCGGCUCCCCGCAGCGCCUGGGCCCUGCUGCUCGCUCGCUCCCUCCCUCCCCCGCUGUCACCGCCGCCAUGUCCCGCUACCUGCGUCCCCCCAACACUUCGCUCUUCGUGCGGAACGUGGCCGACGACACCCGGUCUGAAGACUUGCGCCGUGAGUUUGGUCGUUACGGACCUAUAGUUGAUGUAUACGUUCCACUUGACUUCUACACUCGGCGUCCCAGAGGAUUUGCUUAUGUUCAAUUUGAAGAUGUCCGUGACGCAGAAGAUGCUCUCCACAAUCUGGAUCGAAAAUGGAUUUGUGGCCGGCAAAUAGAAAUCCAGUUUGCACAGGGGGAUCGAAAGACACCCAAUCAAAUGAAAGCCAAGGAAGGGAGAAACCUGUACAGUUCCUCUCGUUACGAUGACUAUGACAGAUACAGGCGGUCCCGAAGCCGGAGUUACGAAAGGAGACGCUCUAGGAGUCGUUCCUUUGAUUACAGCUAUAGAAGAUCUUAUAGUCCCAGAAACAGUAGACCUACUGGGAGACCUCGUCGUAGCAGAAGCCAUUCGGACAAUGAUAGGUUCAAACACCGCAAUCGAUCUUUUUCAAGAUCUAAGUCCAAUUCAAGAUCACGAUCCAAGUCACAGCCCAAGAAAGAAAUGAAGGCUAAAUCACGGUCUAGAGGUAGGACUAAACUUUGACUUGACUUGUGUAUAUGAACAAGCCAGAAAAGCCGAACACAAACCCACGAUGUUUCAAGAGUGCAUGAAUAAAGAUGUUGUCCUAGUUCUUGCUCCCAUGGAAAAAUUGUGAAGAAGCUGUUCUGUGGGCCUUUCAGUUGGGGACGAGUUAGCAGGAUGUGGCCAAAAGGGCAGGGAAUGGUUACGCAUUCACAGCAAGUCAAGCCACAGCCCAUCUAGAUAACAUCUCCCUUCCUUGGGGCAGGUGUCCUAGUCCUGCUCUAAACAAAACCAAACCAAACACAACAGAAAGCAAAGGAAUUUAAAAACAAAAAGGCAAAAAGCAGGAGCUGUUGUGCAAGCUCCCUGCAGGUUAUGCACAGCUGGAAUGCAAGAACACCCCGCAGGCUGCAAAAGAUCAUGUGUGUAGGCAUCUCUCUUUUGGAGUCUGGAGCCCGGUGGGGAUUCUGUCUGUCUGUGGUGGACUAGAUUCUGUCAUUCCUGCAAACAUUUGUAGAAUUGAAGUAGUGUGUGGAGAAAAAAAACCCCAAACAACACACAAUUAUUAAUCCUUUCUGCUGAAAGCAACUGGCUGUGCUCCCAAAUAUCUGCAGUGGUAUCCAUUUGAUCUCAGCAGUCACAGAAGGCUCUGUUGGAACUUCUUUUUCACCUCGAGUCCAUGCACCCAACCUGGGAUUUCCAGACCUUACAAUUUAGUGGUUAAGUAGCUGGGUGUUUAAAAACUAGGGACUGGAAUAGACUGGUCUCUGCAAAGCUCCAUGUUCUCCUUUCUAUGUCUUUUAAAGAUGUUUCGAUGUACAGUAUAAUGGCUUUAUUCCGAGUGGGAAACCCUCAGCUGUUACUUGGAGCUCUCUCCUUGCACAGAGCUUGCUGCCUUUUUUUCCUUCUGGUACUCUAUUUUUUAUUGUUUAGUCUGGGGUUAACAGCUUGAACUUGUUCAGAGAAGGGCAGUUGGAUCCAUCCACAUCCCAGCACUGCUCCUUGCUUUUCUUACCUUUUUGGCAGGGAUGUUGCAGAUGAACAUCUUGGAGUACAAAAAAAAAAAGGGAUAAAUUUUACCCAUUUUUAGGACAUAAUCACCCAUUAAUAAGUGCUGGUUUUCUCCAUUUAUCUUGUAACUUGCUUAAAAAAGUCUGUAGUCCAUUGCUAUAUUUGUCUAAAGAUGCUCUUACUGAUGAGACUAUUCUAGGAAGGGAAGACUCUGUACCUUGUAGUGUGUUUGAUCAAAAGAUGCUAAUGUUUUAUUCAUACACAUCCUUUUUUCUCUUGAGUUUUGUGUUCCAUCUGUGCAAAUAACCCUGUGAAUUGGGAAUAAAAUGUACAAGU